AGUUCUUGCGCCUUGAGGUAACCCCACCUCAAUUUGUCCCUGACGCCUAGCCACUCGAGCUUUACCAUUACCAGAGACUCCUCCCCUGCGAGAUUGGAUCUGGUGAGCCACCACAUCCCUCCACUACCCCCUCCUUACCCUUCCACGAGUCGCAGCUGCCAUGAUUCUUUUGCUUUCCUUCUCUCCUCUCUGCUACAUCUAGUUGGCGCGAAUCCACUUUUGGCCCCAGAUGGUGUGCUAGGUGCUCUGCGGUGGUUGAUUUAGGAUAAGGAUUUCCGGUGAUAUUUCGUGCUUAUGGAUACUUUGCUUAAAACACCUAACAACCUUGAAUUUCUGCUUCCACUUCACGGUUAUUCAGAAAAAUUGAGUAAUCCUGCCUCCUCGAAGUUCCAGAACCAGGAGCUGAGAUUUUUCCCCAAGAAAUCACACGUGAAAUGGGUUAGUUCUUGUACGAGGGCUAGUAGUAGUGCUCUUUUGGAGCUUGUUCCCGAAGUUAAGAAGGAAACUCUGGAUUUUGAACUUCCUCUGUAUGACUCGUCGAAGGGCAUCGUGGUGGACCUCGCUGUCGUGGGAGGAGGCCCUGCUGGGCUUGCAGUUGCGCAGCAAGUUUCUGAGGCUGGUCUUUCAGUUUGCGCUAUUGACCCAAAUCCCAGAUUGAUUUGGCCCAACAAUUAUGGUGUCUGGGUAGAUGAAUUUGAAGCUAUGGACUUACUUGAUUGCCUUGACACUACUUGGUCUGGUGCUGUUGUUUUCAUUGAUGAACAAACGAAGAAGGAUCUAGAUAGACCUUAUGGGAGGGUCAACAGGAAGCAGUUAAAGUCAAAGAUGUUGCAGAAAUGUAUUUCAAACGGUGUUAAGUUUCAUCAAGCUAAAGUUGUUAAGGUAAUUCACGAGGAGUCCAAGUCUGUGUUGAUAUGUAAUGAUGGUGUCACUGUUCAGGCUGCUGUGGUUCUUGAUGCAACCGGCUUCUCAAGAUGUCUCGUUCAGUAUGAUAAACCGUAUAAUCCAGGUUACCAAGUCGCAUAUGGAAUUUUAGCUGAGGUUGAUGAGCACCCUUUUGACGUAGAUAAAAUGGUCUUCAUGGACUGGAGAGAGUCACAUCUGGAUGGUAACGUGGAGCUGAAAGAGAGAAAUAGCAGAAUACCUACUUUUCUGUAUGCAAUGCCCUUCUCAUCCACCAGGAUCUUUCUUGAAGAAACUUCUUUAGUUGCUCGGCCAGGGUUACAAAUGGCUGAUAUCCAGGAAAGAAUGGUCGCUCGAUUGAAACAUUUGGGCAUUAAAGUGAAAAGCAUUGAAGAAGAUGAACACUGUGUCAUUCCCAUGGGUGGCCCCCUCCCUGUUCUUCCCCAAAGGGUGGUUGGAAUCGGUGGUACGGCCGGGAUGGUGCAUCCUUCAACUGGAUAUAUGGUAGCUAGGACCCUAGCCACGGCACCAAUUGUUGCUAAUACCAUUGUUCAGUGUCUUGGUUCCGAUAGUAGCCUUUCAGGAGCUGAACUAUCUGCGCAAGUGUGGAGGGAUUUAUGGCCAAUCCAAAGAAGGAGACAAAGGGAGUUCUUCUGUUUUGGUAUGGACAUCUUACUGAAGCUUGAUUUACCAGGCACGAGGAGGUUUUUUGACGCAUUUUUUGAUCUAGAACCUCGUUACUGGCAUGGCUUCUUAUCAUCAAGACUGUUUCUUCCUGAACUCAUAUUUUUUGGUCUAUCUCUAUUCUCUCAUGCUUCUAACACAUCUAGGAUAGAGAUUAUGGCAAAAGGAACUCUUCCGUUGGUUAACAUGAUCAACAACUUGGUAAACGAUAAAGAAUAAGAUGAAUGCCUAAUAAUUUGUUGUACGCUAUUGGUGUAGGUGCACUUGCACCUGAAGUUUGCUGAUAUUAUUGAAUUUCAACACGUUAGAUUA